CAGCUUUAGGUCCGACGACAGUUUGAAGGGAGCGGGGUAGGUGGGUGGGAUGCCAGCCCGAUCGAUACCUUCUGGAACGGGAGACGAAUCUUGGAUGGCUUCACUAUCUGACUGGCUAAUUCCUGUAUCGAAGCUGGAAUGAGGUUCAGAGAGCAACUCCUUUAUUUGCAUAUAUAAAAGCCUGGAAGUCUCAAUAAGAGCGACGGAAGGAAGGAAAGCAGAAGGGAUUUAUAAUAUAAACAUUUUAUUUGCAUCUCUUUCCCCUGAAAUCAAGUUUUUUUCUGGAGGAAAGAGAGGGUGAACUGGAUAUUUGUUGGCAAACAGAAAUGAAGGCUGGCAUUUAAAAUGUCAUGUAUUAUUUUUCCCCCUGGCGUUGGAUAUUGACCACCACAUUUCUGUCAUGUUCAGAAAACUUCCUUUUCUAUAGUGAGAGCUAAGAGGAACUAAUAGUCUUUUGUUGUCAUUCAGAACAACGGCCAGAAAAAAUACAGGCAGCUUACAGUGAAUUAGAAUCUAGGAGAAAAUUGGAUAUUAUGGAUGGUUUCUCAACUGCUGGUUUUGGAUUUGGAUAUAUGUGUUUGGAACAAUUAAUAGGAAUUUUAAUUUUUGUAAAGUGAACUGCAUAAAGGAUCCUAACAAACUUAUGUGAAAGGAAUCUACUCAGUUACAAAACACUCUUAACAUUUUUAACCAAGACAUGCUUAAGGAUGUGGAUUUGAUGUAAAAACGGAGCAGCUUGUUAAACAAAAGGAACAAUGCUUCAAAAUCCUUUUAAAGCACUAUUUCUUCAACAGUUGAUUUAUAUUUUAGCUGUUUCUAGUUCCCGUUUCCUUUUUAUGAUUACACACUUUUAAGGAACUGUUUUGAACUGUUUCAUUUCAUUGUGAAGAAAGGAUAGACUACUUAUGACUUCUGUAAUGACAGCUUUGGACACUGAACAGUUAACUGGGUGUUGUAUAAUGCCCUAAUAAACUAAAGUACUAAAAGUGGCUUCAAGGAAACAUCUUACCCAAGAGGUGUUUUGGGGGUUACUCCCCUCCUUAUUCCCCCUUGAUGACUCCAGGAGGUGGUGGAGGAGGGCCCAUGAAAGACUGUGAAUACAGUCAGAUCAGCACUCACAGCUCCUCUUCUCCCAUGGAGUCUCCUCAUAAGAAAAAGAAAACAACUGCCAAGAGAAAAUGGGAAGUUUUCCCUGGAAGAAACAAGUUCUUCUGUGAUGGAAGGAUCAUGAUGGCUCGUCAGACUGGAGUCUUCUACCUGACCCUUGUUCUUAUUUUGGUUACCAGUGGACUGUUCUUCGCAUUUGAUUGUCGAUAUUUAUCAGAUCAGAUUACACCUGCUAUUCCUGCAGUAGGAGCAAUUCUGUUCUUUUUUGUUAUGGGGACCUUGCUACGUACUAGCUUCAGUGAUCCUGGAGUCCUGCCUCGUGCAACACCAGAUGAAGCAGCAGAUCUUGAAAGACAAAUAGGUAACACUGAAGAAAUUGCAAAUGGCUCCAGUUCAGGAGGGUACCGUCCACCUCCCAGAACAAAAGAAGUACUCAUCAAUGGGCAGACAGUAAAGUUAAAAUACUGUUUUACCUGCAAGAUUUUUCGCCCACCUCGUGCCUCACAUUGCAGCCUUUGUGAUAACUGUGUAGAACGGUUUGAUCACCAUUGUCCCUGGGUAGGCAACUGUGUGGGGAAAAGAAACUACAGAUUUUUUUAUAUGUUUAUUUUAUCUCUGUCUUUUCUGACAGUCUUUAUAUUUGCAUUCGUUAUCACCCACAUCAUCCAUCGAUCUCAACAAACAGGGUUCUUAAAUGCACUCAAGGACAGUCCUGCAAGUGUGCUGGAAGCUGUGGUAUGUUUCUUCUCCGUUUGGUCCAUUGUUGGGCUCUCAGGUUUUCAUACUUAUUUGAUCAGCUCCAAUCAAACAACAAAUGAGGAUAUCAAGGGAUCUUGGUCAAAUAAAAGAGGUAAAGAAAACUUCAAUCCAUACAGCUAUGGCAACAUUUUCACUAACUGUUGUUCUGCACUCUGUGGGCCCAUCUCUCCCAGCUUAAUUGACAGAAGAGGAUUUAUGCAGCCAGAUACUCCACAGCCAGCAGCACCCUCAAAUGGCAUUACAAUGUAUGGGGCCACACAGUCUCAGAGUAAUAUGGGAACUGAAGUUAGAUUAACCAGGUGGUAAUUGCCAGGAUCACCCUUUCCUUUUUGAAGGACUUCUGCUAGUUGGGAUAUCUGUUGCAUUCAUGGAAUGGCACCUUUGGAUCCAAUCUAAUAUCUUAUUUGGAAUCCAUACCAAUGGUGCCCAGAGAUAUCUCCCAAGCAGGAGAUUUGCAAGGUAAGGGUGCCCCAAGGUUCUAAACUUUGGGAAGAGGAAGAGAUAAAUUACUGGAACAUAAGUUACAUGUGAUCCAUAGCUGCCAUCUAGUCAUGUAUAUUUUCAUCUAUAUUCUAUUUUUAAUUUAAAAUUGACAUGUUAUUAUUUUUUAUUUGAAGUUAGGACAAAUUAGUUAUGAUUUAAAGGGGGUAAAACUGCUCGGGGAUAGCCAAAAAGAAUAUUAAUGGUGAUAAUUCAAAUGCUAUGUAUUGCUGCAUCUUGCCUUGCUUUUAAGAUGCUAGAACCUGCAAUAAUCUUUUCUCAGGACAAAAUUUCGUGCAAAGUAUUUUUUAAAAAAUUCAAGCAGGCAACUACUUUUGAAAACAAGGAUCGUGAACACAUGGAUUCGUUGCAUCUCUGAGACAUGGAAAAAUACAGUUUAAAAGAAAACAAAAGCACAAGGUUUUAAUUGGAAUAAGGCCAUCUCUUGUAGAAGUGCCAGAUGACAUACUGGCAAGAAGCUUCACACUGUGUACAAUUUUAUAAAAGAUAUUAUUUUUCUCUUAAAAGUGAUAAAACGUUCACCUUGUUUGCAUGUAUAGUAAAUAUCUAGAGGGGGGUGGAUUAUAUCCAUAGGUUCCUUGCUUUUUCUGUUGCAGAAAGCUAUGCAUGAUCUGCAGUUAUCUGGUUGUGAGCCAUUCAAAUGUUUACAAGCUUUCAUAUAAAGGGAUAUUGUCUCUUUUCCUGUCUGACCUCAUAGGAUUUAUUUAAAAUCCUGCAUACAUUAUUUCCUUUAGCACAGGCUUAUUCCAAAGAAAAAACAACUUUGAGAUGCAUUCUCUUGACUUAUUGUUUGAUUACUGUACUAGAAGGAGCUAUAAGAAGAAUUUAAACAACUAUAAGCACCAAUAUAACAGCAGUGAACACAUUGAUUUAGGGAAACGUUUUCAAUGGAAGUGGGUGAGGUUGAUUGCCUUUGUAAAUCUCAGUCUCCAUACAACAGUCAACACCUCAGAGGCAAUAAUACUAAAUCAGAUUUUAAGUUUGUGAGCUAAUAAUGUUAUGUCAUGUGCUAGGGAUACAUAAUUACACAAUACAUUCUAGAAAGAUGAGAGACUUCAGUUUCUUGCUAUCCUUCCUCUCUGUCACAAGGAUUCUGAUUUUCCUACAAAACAAAUAAAGAUUAGGCAGGAGGAAAUGCCUUUUUUGCUCAUUACAUUGAAAUAGAAGGAAAGUAUCACAUUGACACUUAUUUUGUGAAGUUCAUUUAAAAAAAACAAACCCCACCAGUAUUGGAUUAUUUCAGUGUACCUGAAUAUUUUUCUCCUUCUGCAGAUACCAGAACAUGGAGCCUACAUUCCCCACAGUGCAGAAAAUAAACAAUGAUAAAUAUUUUACUCUGCCAUUAUGACUUCACAGCUGUGGCGCUUACACUAAGGAGUAGAAAUAUUUAAAAAUUCAUCUGCUUACAUUUUCACAGAAAUACUUUGGGGUUCUUUUUCGAUUGCAGCAUUUGGAUACCUUUGCUAUAUGGAAAUAGCAUCACAUGUCACUUAAGUCCACAAUAUGGUUCUGGUAGUAUUUUUUACUGAGGGAGGGGCGUGAGAAUGCCACCACGCUGUUGUUUUUAAGUGUCUCUUAUGUAAAGCUUUAAAAUUAUGCACUGCCACAAUAGAAUACUUUGGUUUUCUUAGCGCUUGAGGGAAAGAAAAUGCUUGAUGACAGAAAAAGUACUGUGAAUACCUAUUUUAGAAUGAAUUUAUUAUUUCUGUUUGCAUUGUUGUGCAGUAAUUUUUUGCUGUUUAUAAUAUUUUUUGACUUUGUGUUGAAGAAUAAAAAGUACAGCAUUUUUAAGCA